AUGGAUUGCGUUAAAAUGAAUGAGCGCAAGUGUGCACGGCUCGAACAGUUGUUGAAGACUCAAUUGAAGUGUGCCUCAUCGGCUGACCCCACGCCAGAUUCACCAGGACUUCCUCCAUCUAAAGAAACGAGGCCGGAAAAGUACGAGAAGAAGCGUCGACGUACGCCACCAGAUCUCACGUACAAUAGCACGUCAUUUUCUGCAAUUACCUCAAACUCAUCUCCAAUGCGCCGGCGAUCGCUACCACGUGUAACAAUCGACGAUGAGGCGACCGUCAUGCCUUCAAUCGUUGUAAAUCUCGUCAACGAGGAUGAAGGCGUUCCAGGAAGCAACGGUGAAAUUAUUUAUCUAUUCCUCAAAUUAUCCCUUAGUGAGGACGAGAUAUUUUCAGAGGAGUCUCCGCGACGCCUUUCUGUUGAUGGCCUUUCUGAAAGUGAAACCGAAAUGGCGGACGUUGAUACUCGUCCGAUACCAAUUCUGAAGGAGUCAUUGCCACAUGCUCAGCUUCAUGACGAGUACACUACUAUUGCCGACACUAUUCGUAUUGACAGAAAUCUAUAUAAUGAUGUUCCUCAUUUUCACUAUGAACCCGAACCGAUGUGUACAGAGGAGGAAAGUGAUGUUUUGGCUCAAGCCAAGGAAGACACAGUGGCGGAGAGUAGUUGA